AUGGAACAUGAUCUGGCUGAAGAAGGAGAUCAACUUGCGAAAGAGUACUUUCAUGAGGGUGAUAUGGCUGUUGCUGUCUUGAUGAAAAAUUUGAGUUGGAAUUGUCAAGGAUUUCUUGGUAAAGACAUUAGAGAUCACAUUGGACACCUUAACACUCUUCAUGCUCCUGAUAUAAUUUUUCUAUCUGAAAUGAAAAUAAAUGAUAACAGGAUAGUCAGGUUAACCAAUUUUUUGUGUAUGCCUAAUAGUGUUUAUGUCCCAUUUGUUGGUGCGGCUGGAGGCCUAAUUCUUUUAUGGAAAGAUGGCUUCUCGGUAGAUAUUGUUGGCUCCACCAGUAAAAUGAUCCAUGCUAUAGUGUCCGAUGACCCUAGUAAAGGGGAAUGGUUUCUUUCUUGUACCUAUGGUACUCCUUAUAAAUCAGAACAGAAAGAACAAUGGUCUUAUAUAAAGGAUCUCAGUAAAUGUGUUAUUAUUCCUUGGGUAGUUUUAGGUGACCUAAACAUCACUAUUUUCUCUGAAGAUAGAAACCAUACUACUUCUUCUUCCACUUCUCCUGAAGUUCUUGAGCUUAUAAAAGACUCAGAUUUAUAUGAUCUAGGUUUCAGUGGCCGUCCUUAUACUUGGACAAGUAAUAAACAUGGCACGGGAAAGUAUAAAUCUAGACUUGAUAGGGCUUUCAUUAAUAGUCUUUGGUCCAUAGAUUAUCCUAAUGUUAUUAUGUCACAUCUCCUCCAAAGAGGAUCCGAUCAUACUCUAAUUUUAUUAGAAUUACAUAAGGAAAGUCUAGUUAAAGGGAGAAAUUGGAAAUUCUUCGAACAUUGGUUAAAAAAUGAAACUUGUCAUGAUGAAAUUAAGAAAGCUUGGUCUGCUUGUUAUUCUGGUUCUAAUGCUUUUGUAUUUUCUUACAAGUUAUCUCACACUAGAUUUAUUUUGUCUAAAUGGAAUAAGAAUACUUUUGGUAACAUACAAAGAAGAAUCUCAGAUUUGCAGCAAAAUAUCUCUCAGCUCCAAGCUACAGAUAAAGAUGGUAACAACACAACUGCAGUUAUAGAUCUUGAAAAAGAUAUCCGUGAUCUAACUGAUAUUCUGGUCCGGAUGGUUUUCCACCUGGGUUUUAUCAGACACAAUGGCAUAUUCAAAGAUGAUGUUUGUAAAACUAUCAAGUCUUUCUUCCAUUCAGGUUUCCUCUUGAAGCAACUGAACAAAACUAGAGUUUCUUUGAUUCCAAAAACACAAUCUCCUCACAUGCCGGAGGAUUUUAGACCAAUUGCAUUGUGUAACACACUGUACAAGAUAAUUUCUAAAGUUACUGCUCUCAGAAUGAAGAAACACAUUUCAAGAAUAAGCUCUCCUAUGCAAGCUGCUUAUGUACCAGGAAGAUUGAUUUCUGAAAAUGUAUGUUUAGUACAAGAAAUUUUUCAGGCCAUGAAGAAGAAAGAAGGAAAAGGAGGUAACUUAGCAUUAAAAAUGGACAUGUCUAAAGCCUUUGACAGGCUAGAAUGGAGUUUUCUAAUUGAUAUUCUAAAGAAGUUUGGUUUUAGCAGUAAAUUUUUUCAACUGAUCUCCCAGUGUAUUUCUACUACUGAAAUUGAAGUACUCAUCAAUGGUUCUCCUUCAAAAUCAUUCCAUCCAACUCGAGGGAUUCGUCAGGGUGAUCCAUUAUCACCAUAUUUAUUCAUCUUAGCCAUGGAAAGUUUUUCUAGGGUUAUCAAGGAGUUUAGCAUCUGUUCUGGACAACUUAUUAAUUUCAGCAAGUCUGCAGUUUAUUCCAUUGGUAAUAUGAAACCAUCUGAUUGCCAAGAUAUCAGUUUCCUACUUCAGAAGGCCGUUGGAAAAGCUCCCGAAGAAGACGUUGCGAUUUGCGAAACUGAAACAGUUUUUGGAGUGGACGCCGAGACUGCUGUCAGAGACGUUGGAGAAGAUAUGGAGGCAUAUACUGGGAUCGAUGUCGAAGCGGAUGUCGGAAAGGAGGCGGAAGAUGUUGCUGUUGAGGCAAUUUCCGAGUGGGAUGCCGAGGUUGCUACCGCUGAGGUGGCUUCUAGAUGGAAUGCUGGUGUUGCUGCUGAGGUGGCUUCUGGUUGGAACAUUUUUUGCCAGAGAGAGUGUUGGGUAAAGUGCUUGAAAGGGAUCUGA